UAGGCCAGGGCACUUAUCCUCUAUCUAACUCUAAGAGCUAGCGUGGGUUGUAUGUGUGAUUGAGAAAGCCGGCGCAAAAAUAGGAGUCUUCUUCGCCGUGGCCCUGGUGUACGUGUAGAUAACUGAGGUUUGUACAGGGUUCGUGGUGUGAUCGCUACUGCUUUCUACGGCGCUAGAGACAGUAGAGGCUAGCUGUACUCCUACUGCUACUGCAGUAGCGCAGCGUGUCAGGAACGACUGCUAUCGAUCGAGACAGCCACGCUAGGUUGUUGGUGUGUCGGCGAAGCUCACUGCACACGAGAAAGGAUCCUGUACAGUCCCACUCUAGUCUCUAGUUGCUGCUGCUGCUGCAGGUUAAAUUUUGUGACGCUGGAAUCUGUGUGUGUGUGUGCGUAUUGAGGUGGUGCGGCGGCUGCGAUUGGAACACAGCUGUAUUUUAGUUUGCACCGAUCCAGAUAGCGUGCGCUGCACUGCACUGGUCCGUCGCUACCACCCGUGCCCUUGGAGGCUCCGUGCGCAACUGCUGUUGGGAUGAGCGUGUAAUUCCGGAGCGAAGUGCUCGCUAGAUAGCAGCAGCAGCAGCAGCGGCGGGAUCAGCAUCACCAUGAAGGUGAAAGUGGCGUUUGAUGAAACAACGGUGGUCGUGCCGUGUGGGAAUGGCGAGGAUGAGGUGCGCGCGCUGUUCGACAAAGCAGCGCAUCGCUACAAGAAAGCCACGGGAAAGGGUGACGGUGUUGCUGUGGAGAUUACUGCACUGCACACCGCUGCCGAUAAUGCGGUAGUGGAUCCGGACGAUAUCAUCAGUGAUGUCCUGGACGAUAAGGAAGUGCUGAUCGCCAUGUUUACGCUAUACGGAGAUGACGACGUCUGUGGUGGCAGGAGUGGCAAUGGUGGCGGUGUUGCUGCCGCUGCUGGUACAGGCGCUAGGUCGAGUGGCUCCAGCAGCGUGCCCUCGUCAUCCGCAGCCUCCACGCCGUCGCCCUUUCCGCCUUCGUCCUGCUCACCGUCGCCGCUGGGAGAUAGGGCACGUGCACCCACGGGCUCACCGGGGACUAUGCAGCAGCACUCCGCGGACGAGUACAGCUCCGUGCGCGGGACGCUGGUGGCCAGCGGCGUCAUUCGGCCCGGUGUCGACAGACCCAGCUCGCCGCGCAAGGCUUUAAGCACUCGGGUGCCGCGCCCCGAACCGCCCGCGGCUCACGCUCCAAUGACGCUGCCGGACGAUCCCGAGCAAUCGUUCGCCGUCUCGCAGGCGCCCGCAGCAGGCCACCGGCACAGCGUGGACGUUUUGACGCCGUCGGCUGGCGCGGCACAAACCAAAGCCGUGUCACGCGUCGUCUCGCCGGCGCGCCGAGCUAGCUCGCCUAGUCGCUCGCCACUGAUGCGGUCCGUCAGCCCCAGACGCCAGGCGCCAGUCUCCCGCUCGCCCAUUGCCGAGCGAUCACGGCGCAUGCGAAAGCCGUCCGCGUCCAACUCCGAGCUGGAGCAGGAUGAAGAGGAGGACGAGUUUGGCACGGCGUUACCAGCAUCAUCAUCGGCGGCAGCCGUACCACCGAUGCGCUUCCAUCGCAACACGGUACUGCCGGCUGCUAGCGCACUGGGGGGCACGCGGUCCGCAGCGGCGGCGUCAGGAUCGGCGCCGGGUCCCGUCAGGGGUUCAGUGACGCACCAGUCCACCAUGAUGCCGUCCAGGUUUCUGGUGAAUCGCUGGGAAAAGCAGGAGCAGCUCCAGUGGCAACAGUUGUCUGAGCAACGACUUAGAGACGCUCAUUCAGUGUCCGCUGUGAGCGCUCAGCCGGAGCAACCAUCGUCUUCGUCGCCAUUGGCGACGAUGGCCGCUCCAGCCUCACAGCAUCACUACCCGGAUGGGCAGUGGCCGAGUCAGCCAGAUGAUCAUGAAAACCCGCAAAGGCCACCAUUACCGCGGCAACAGACCGCCGCCGCAGCUCAGUCGCGUACACACCCCCGGCUAGACGAGACGGAGCAGCUAGACCGGACGGAGGAGCAGUACGAGCAACAGCCUGAACAGACGCACACUCCGAAGCCGCGCAGUCGAAUACCCACCAGUGGUCAGGAGGUGGCAGACAUUGAACUGUCAUGUCGAAGUAGCAAGGACGAAGCCGGUGUGUUUGUUCGUGGCUAUCGGACUUCGGAUGAUCGUGAUAUUGGUGUGUUUGUACAUGACAUUCUACCUGGCAGUGUAGCAGCCGAGAAUGGGCUAAUCCGGAUUGCCGAUCGGCUCAUCUGUGUGAACGGAAUUGACCUCACGGAGCUAUCCAACAACCAGGCGGUGGCGCUGUUUCAGGACGCCGUUCGAAAAGGAAACAUGAAGCUGCAGGUGUCGCGUGCUCUGGGCUCGUUCGACGAUACCGCCAACAGUCCCAGUCCAUCGCCGCCACCAACACAGGCAGCAGAAGCAACAACAGCGCCGGCAACGACGACAUCACAAUCCCAAACAGCGACCUCAUCGACGACAUCGCUACAGCAGCGUUCGCACCACGCCAGCGAGCACGCCAACGAGGACGUGUUCGAGCGGCCGCCCGGGUCGGUCUCCAUGACCACGCUAAAGUCGCAGACGUCUAACGUAGCCGUGGCAACGCAGGAGUCGGCAGCAGCAAUUGAGCAAGUGCAGCAGCGAGGUGUGCUACCGGCUACCAACACGCUACCUUCGACCGCGGCUCGUCGGGUCGGCCGAAGACAGGAGAUAGUCCUUGAGAAGGGUGCAAGCGGUGGUCUCGGUUUUAGUGUGACGUCACGGGACGUUGCAGUCGGCAAUGAUCAGGACAGACCUGUGUUCAUCAAAGUUGUUACCCCGGGUGGUUUGGCGUUCCGUGAUGGACGCCUCAGAGCCAAUGACAGACUGCUGGAGGUGAAUGGAACGUCACUGACAGGUCUGACGCAGAAAGAAGCAGUUCAGGUGCUGAAGAACACAUCUGGCAAGGUCUCGCUCAUUCUCUGGCGAGAGGAGGCAAUUGUGGAUGACGAGACUCAAAGUCGUUCCACAUCGCAGACAUCGAUGACACCCGUCACGGAACACAAAGCCAUUGAGGCGACAACGCAGACACCUCCAUCGUCGCCAGGGAAGGACAGCAAACCCGCGCCACCGUCGGGCCAAGCGAAAUCCGAAAACCGGCAGCAGCCAGAAUCUAGAGCACUAGCUGCGUCUAGUGGCGUGGGUGUUGUACAAACACCUUUGUCCGUCAGAAAGCAGCUGCUGUUCACGAUACCGCUGACGUCAAGUGGAAGUGCCGGUCUUGGUAUUAGCGUGAAAGGCAAAACAGCAAUGUCAAGUGAACAACGGACAGCUGGCGAACAAGGAGAUGUCGGACAUGGCAUCUAUAUCAAGAAUGUUCUCCCGGGUGGGGCCGCGGCCAAGGACGGGCGACUGCAGCCUAGUGAUCGCCUGGUCAGCAUCAACGGGGAGAACCUGUCGUCGCUGUCAGACUAUGAAGCUUUCGAGUCGCUGCGCAAGUGCAUGGCAGGCGCCUCGCAGCGACCCAGCAUUGACUUAGUGAUAGAACGGCGCUCCUCUGGCAUUGUCGGCUCGCGUUCUCCCAACGUGAUGACGCGUGCCACGACCGAGAAGAAAGCCUCGACUGCCAGUGCGUCGUCGCAGGAUCACGGGACGAGCGUUUCCGGUGGGGGAGUGCGUGAGAGCAAUGCUGCUUCUGCCGCUACGGCCGCUGCUGCCCUGGGAUCUUCAUCGUCGUCGUCGUCUCGUCCUGUUGCUACCGUCGCUGCUGCAGCAGGUGGUGUGUCUGGUGUGAGAGCUGCCUCUGCAACUGGCACUAGCACUGCGAUGACCACCGCGUCGUCUGGUGCACCCAGGGAGCGUAGUAUAGAGGGCGAGAUCGCGAUGACUCGUCCCAAAGAGCCGCCGUCCGCCAUCGCCAGACAGCAAGCGCAGCACUUACAGCAGCAGCAACAGCAGCUUGCAGCCGCGACUGUAUCGCCAUCGCUAGGCAGCUCUUCACACUUUGCCUCCGCCCCCGCUUCCAAGAAGAACUCGUCGUCAGAAUUAAACACUGACUCUGGUGUUGUGGACACGACGACCGCGUACACCACAGCAGCAUCGACGCAUGCGAGUGAAGUCGAUGCAGAUCGAGCAGCGAUUAACGCUAGCAACUCUGCUACUGGGCAGGGCAGCCAGCGUUCCAACAAGGCCGAUGUAUUUGCCGGUCGCGGUUAUCAGACACAUUCAUCGCUCCUGGAAACAUUACGUAACCGGAACGCGGCCAGCACAGCAGGAGGGGGUACAGCCGACGACACGAACGAUUCUCCUCAGUCGUAUACACCCGGGAGUAAUCGUCGUGGAGACGCGGCUCAAGCGGCCAAGUCUCCGGCGGCGGUGAAAAAGAGCGGAUGGCGCAGUGCUCACUCCAAGUCGUCCAGUGCCCUGCUGCAGAAUGUCAGCGUGCCUGGAAACGCUGAUACCGCCACGCAGUCGGGCGACGCAGUGCGACCACCCUCGUCAACACCACUUGCCUCGGCAGGAGCUGUCUCCUCGGCAACUCCUACUUCAUCAUCGUUAGCAGCAGCAGCACCGGCAACACCAGCAGCAGCAGCAGCAGCAAUGCCAGCACAGUCCCGGAACGCCGGCUCUGGCAAGACGCAGACCCUCGUCGAAAUGGUCUCCGGUGGAUCGGUGACUGGCAAGGGCACCCGCAUCGUACCUGCUACCGCUGCCUCUGCCUCCUCCUCCUCGACAAGCCCACACGACGAGGCUCCCGGUGGCCGCAUCGUUUCGCCCGGCCCGUCCGAGCCGACGAAAGUUAGUGUGCGUGCCAUGCAAGUGGAUCCGCCGUCCAAGGUCAUCAUUCGUCAGGUGGAGACGCCCAUUUUCACCAAAUCACCCACCCAAGAUCAUGCCAGACCUCUUGAUAGUCGACCGGACUCUGCACCACCCAUAUCGCGUCAUACGAUAUUCGUGUCGGGUAGUGGUGGUGGCGGGGGUGGUGUUCCUGGCAGCACCAACAAGAAGAGCAAGUCGAAUCGUUACACGGUGGCUGAGGGACAUGACUACGCUGGCGUGGACCUCUCUGACGGCAGUCCUCAAGUCGGACCACCUGGGAGCACUAACGACUCAUCGCCGAGUGUUGUGCUACGCAACGCUGCCAGCGCUGGAGGUGGCAAGGGCAUGUCACCGGCUGGCGUGCGCCGUAACCAUGCCAUGUCAGUUGCUGCGGCUGCGCCUCAUAAGCAACAACAGCGGCAGUAUGGCAGCAGCGACGAAGGGGAAUACGAGGAGGAAGUAGAGCGUCACGUCCACUACGACAAGAAACUCCGCAACUCCGAGCUGCCGGUUGAUGUCAACGAUUGGUCACGACUUGAGUAUGGAAAGUACCCACACAACUACGUGACUCUGCCGCGGAAGUUCUCCAAGAAGCACAGGAAGCAAAGACCAGCACUACCGCAAGUUGACGGGCCGGACAACUCCGCUGAUCCGCUAGCGGGUGCAGAGCAGCUAACGGGCAGCGAGGCGAGGACGCGUGGAACUAUUUGGCUGCCCGACAACGGCGAAUUGGAGCUUGAUGAGCCGUAUCAGGUUCGGUAUGACGAGAACGGCGAUCCUCUUCCGGAACGCGAAGACGAACAGAACGCGUCUGGAGAGCUGGAGGAGGACACCCUACCACCUCUGAGUCGGAGUGGACCGGGGAGAAAGUCCAUGUCCGAGCGAGGCCAUACCAGUCUGAAUGCUAGGAACUCCGAGUUCUUCAUCCAACUGAAGGAGAGGAAGAAAGCUGGAAAAGGUGGGUCUGUGACCGACGAUGGUGAUAUUCUGGAGCAGGCCAUGGAAGAGAGUGGACAUCGUCGUCUCUCAGUUUCGUCCAUCCAUUCCGGCGGUGUAAGACGUGCAGCAAGCCUAGAAUCCUUACAGCAGGUGCUGGGAAGUGGGCCCGACGUCACCAUUACUGACAACAUUAGCAACUCGCCGAAAGCACGCCGACUGCUGGGCAUUCAGAGCGAGGGCAGUGGUGCUCAAAGCAAUGGUAAUGUCAAGCCUCCUUUCCAGCGGCGUCAGUCCUACGAUAAAGGCGUCACCAGCCCGGAGAGUGCUGAAGGCUUGGGCGCCGAGCUUGUCCGUCGUCCCGGAUCAAGCAGUACUAUACAAUUUGGCAGCAAGCCGUCCUACUCCAGCAAGAAGCCAAAGAAGAUCUUCAACCUGUCCUUUCUGAAAGGAAUAGGUAAACACCAGGGUAAGCGGCCACGAGGCAUGCCGGCUCCGUUGCCAAUGCUGGAACCUGUCAACCGCGCUGCGUCACGAGAUAGUUCGUCCCUUGGCAGUCCUGAAUCAGCCGACAACGCUUCCGUUUCAUCGCAAUCUAUCAACGCAGCUACUGAUGGCGGCGCCGCUUCUCAUCCUGAUCUAACCGUAUCGCCACCUCCGCAACCUCACCACCUAACCACCAGAACCGACAGUGAUGUUGCUACGACAACAACAACAGCACUAUCGUCGUCCGUUGCCAACGGUCGCCCCAAGAUCUCCGGUGACGAGUGGAGCGCGGCGGACGGUCGCUAUGACGACGAGGACGGCACGCAUCAGGCGCCCAUGAUCUCCUCGUGCCACAGUGAGAUUCAACUGCGAGAAGGAGUGUCGCUGGAUCAUCUGCGAGACGCCACAACGCGAUCGGAAAGUGCCCGUGAUGUGCGUCUGUCCGCCAGUCAUGAUAACCUGUCAUCGCCAAUGUCCCCUCUGCUGGUGGAGCCGCCUGUGCUCGUUGUCAAGGACACGAUCUAGAAGACUACUAGUAGCUACUUGGAGGCGAGCGGGUUUCAGCAAGCUACGCUGCUGGCUAUGGUGUGGUUCUCAGUCUCCCAGUGUUUCACGACCAUCCUGUGAGGGACCUGAGGGUUGUUGCACUGAGCUGAGUACACGUUUGUCUGCAGUUCGAUGAUUGCUUGCUCUGUAUCAGCCCGCUUCCAUAGCAACCACAACAACCAUGACAGCCAUGGUGGCAAGUGUACUUGGUACUCGGGCGUCACGCACACACCUCUCUUGGGAGCUCGGCAACUAGCUGCACGAGAAGUUGAGAGUUGAUAUUUAUACUACUACCCCCCCCACCCCACCCCGCCCGGCCUCCAGUGUUGGCAUGCCAACGCUGACAGCACUCGCACUUUCCAGCACCUAUCACCACCUGCACUAAGCGAGUAGUCUUCGGAGUGGUCGUGUCCAGCCCGGCCCGUAUCACGUUCACUGCGACGCUGACGUUCCGCCUCUCACCAUGACAACGAAAGCCCCGGCCCGUGUCUUCCGUUCAACGGAGGCUGACUUCAGUUUCGGCGGUGAGCUCUGCUGGUGUCGCCGUCGGUCGGUUGUAUAGUGCACUUUACUGAGAAAGACACGACGUGUCGUAUCGCGGUGUAUGUGUUGGCACCCCCGACGACGCACUGGCCGUGACGUCACGCGAACAAAAACACACACGCAAGACCUGUCUUGACUCCUGGCGACCACUACCGCUGCUCUUCUUCGCCGCUCUUCCCCCGUUUCUCUCACGGACGUCUGAGUGCAAACUCCGCCUCCGGUAACGCAAUCAUGUGUAUGGGCGCAUGGCGUGCACACAUGUACAGUGUGCGCUCAUAACAGAUCAUAAUAAUAAUAAUAAAUGCCACUUGCGACUUGUUUCUCGUUGACUUCUCAUUGUCGUAUCUUUCUUUUUCUCCCCAUGGCCAUGGCAAGGUAGUUGGGGCAAAUAUAUAGUAGCUAGAUUAGUGUUAGUACAUCUAUCCGAGGUGCUUUCUGCUUUGGAUUAGCCAGCGAAGUACGCUUCUGAAACGAGGUGGUAUCGGCCCGGGCAUCAAACUUGGCCGCGGAAUCCUCUCCCAUUUUUUCUUGUUUGUUUUCGAUCUAGUACAGAAACAAACUCUAUUGACAAACAAUAUCGUUGUUGGUGGUGGUGGUGGCGGUGGUGGUGGUGGUGAGUUUGUGCGGUGCUGCAUACAGUGCAUGAUGUUUGUUUGUUGUUGGACAUAGUAAAAUAUCUCUCCCGACGCAGAGUGUCUAGAAAGCCGUUUUGUUGUUGUUGUUGUUGACUAUGCGUGUCUGUGCCGAGCAUAGGGUUCCUUUUUAAUUAAGCUUUAUUUUGUUUUUUGUUGUUGAUAUUCGUGUCUGCCAAUGGCUAGGGCAUUAAUUUUAUAGUGAGUUCCCAGUUUCGUUUUGUUUUGUUUUGCAGAAUUUGAGAGCUUGUGUAAACGUU